UCUCAUCCAGACGUCAAAUGAAAGUCAGACGAGAAAAAAUAAACAAAAACCAAGGGAAAUCCUAGAUUCGCGGAAUAUUUACAACAACGUAGAACAGUUAUAGAACAAAAAACGUAGUUCCCCAGUGAGUAAUUCACAUGUGAAGCGAACGACAGAGAAUUGGGAGAAAUUCGAUCCGAUCUCUUCGCAGUACAUCGCUUGAAGAGGAGCUCCCAGGCAAAAGCAAGGAAACUUUAUCAAUUUCUUUUAUUUCAUUAAUAUUUUUGCAUACGAGGUGAAAAAUGAGUCUCAGUUACGGUAUACCUGCUGGAAUGGAAGAUGACGAUUUUGAGGACGUCGAGGAUGAUUUUGUGAAUUCAGUUCAAAAAACGUGUGAGAAUAUGAAAAUCACGGUGCUUCCUGAUAUAACAAUACGUGCCGGGUUGAAUGGCGAGAACUUUGAUGCGGCGCUCCCGUUGGAUGUUGAGAAUUGGUUCCAAUCGUAUAAGCAGAUGUGGACCAUUUAUAAGAAUACACCAACAAUGGUCGAAACUCUCGGUACCCUGUACGCCAACUGCGAUAAUCCACUCCUGAUAGCGCUGAAAUUGUUUGCUAAUUGUCCGGAUUGUAUAAAUGUGAAGAACAAAAGUUUGCCAUUUACAAUUAUGGAAAAGAUUUCCACCUUCAAAGCGUCACGUCCAGAAAUAGCAAAUCAAUGCACGGAUAAUAUGCGUAUGGUGGCUUUCAACUUCGUAAAAGAGCAGCAACUUCCAUCAUUAUUCAAACUCGUUACAAGCGCUUAUGAUUUAACAAAAAGCAAGCAUCUGUUCGAGGAUAAGAUCACCGAAUUGAUUACACUUCAUUAUUACAAAGACGCUUCCAUUUGGGCUAUACUUCUCGGUCUAACACAUAAAUUUGGUGUCUUGGAUAUUGUGUUACCGCUUGUUUUGCAAGAUAAAAUUUCUGUUGCUGAAGAAUAUUUAGAUGCGGCGCCACAUCUACAACGGCCAACUAUCGAGCUUUUAGAUUCGUUAUUGGACAAACGAGCUUCCGUUUAUAAUAAUUGUGGUUUUUAUAUAGGGAAAUACUGCUACACCGAUAUCAAAAAAGACAAACUACAAGCCAAACCGUUAACAAAACUCAUAACCCGCCUGGCGCAAAAAUACAAAAUCCCACCAGACGCCACGCCGCAUAUGAAUCGCGCCAAAAGUUUUGGCUACCUUCAGUACCUUGUUCAUAAGAAAUAUGUUGAGAAGAGCUUAAGUACGGACUCAUGGCGGGAACUAGUCCAAGACACGCUGCACAUAGACUAUCAGGAUAUGCACAUCGACUUCAUAUGCUCGAUAACGUACUAUAAUGAUUUCGAAGAGAGCGCCUACUGGGCACAAUAUUUCAACCUAUCCAUAGAAUCUUUACCUCCGUUGCUGCAGGACUAUCUCAAUUCUGAAACAUCUAACAAGGAAAACGACAAACUACAAAAUCUAGAAGCAAACAAUUAUCAAAAGGACAAUACUGGAAAGCAAACAGACAAAAGCAACUAUCAUACAUUAAACUUAAACGAACGUGAUCUAAUCUUAGUUGAUAAUGUGAAUUUAUUCAAUGAAAUGAUACAAGUAUUGAAAGUACAAAAUUUGGUUGCAUUCGACUCUGAGUGGAAGCCAUCAUGUAAUGCCGGUAAUGUGAUAAGUUUAAUACAAAUUGCAACGCGUAAGACUGUCUAUCUGAUUGAUGCUCUUGAGCCGAGUAUCACGAACGCAAUGUGGUCUCGGUUGGGCCGUGAUGUUUUCAACAAUGGGGAAAUCCUAAAACUAGGAUUCUCGUUGACCAGUGAUAUUAUUAUGUUUCAAAAAACACUGCCAGCACUUGGAAUCUCUUUACAAGUACAAUCAUCGUACCUUGACUUACAAAUUGUUUGGCGUAAGAUUGCAGAUUUAAAAGGAUUCCGUUUUCCCUAUACAGAAAAUAGUUCAUCAAUUAGGUUAAGCGCUUUAGUUGAAUUAUGUUUGGGUAAACCGUUGGAUAAAUCAAAUCAAUUAUCAAAUUGGGGAAGUCGCCCACUACGGAAAGAACAGUUAAUGUAUGCGGCUUUGGAUGCAUACUGUCUCUUGGAAGUGUAUGAUGUCCUCAGUACGCGAUUGACUGAGCUUGGUGUUGACAUUAACGAUUUUGCUGAGAAUACACUCUUCGAUAAUAUAUUGAAGAAAUCGAAGAAGAAAUUUCCCGUUGCUAGACCGAGAAUAGAAGUUGAAACUACAAGUGUGAUACAGACAAGCUUCAAAGCUACUGACAUAAAAUUCAUUUCCGAUGAGAUGCUCGAAGGAUUAGCAAAAGCCCUACGUAAGUGCGGCAUAGAUGUAAUUUGCAUGUCAAGUAAACAACAACGCAAUGAUAUCAUAAAUAAAGCAAUAACUGAGAAUAGAUAUUUGCUAACCAGAGGAUCAUCAUACGUAGAAAUGUCCCAUUACCUACCACCCAAACAUAACUAUCAAGUGACCAAAGAUAUGGUUGAUGAUCAAUUAGCUGAAAUUCUGGCACAUUUCAACAUAACUGUGACUGAAGAGAAUAUUUUCAGUCGCUGUAUGAAAUGCAAUAGUAACAGAUUCAUUCUUGCAUCUCAAGACCAUAUUAAGAUCAUGAAAUAUGGAACGCGAAAUUCAAGCAAUAAACAGGACAACAAAUUAGUGGAGCCACCAAAACGAUCAUUCGUUCUAAGUGAAAUAACUUCACACAUCUGCGCAUCAGGAGUUACAUCUACCGGCGCUCGGAUCCAAGUCGACAAUAUUCAUAGGCAGAUUGUUAAUAAUGUUGUUCAGUUUUAUAUAUGUGAAGACUGUGGUAAAUGCUACUGGGAAGGUGAUCACUUCCAGCGUGUUAUGUGCGGAAAAUUAAAAGAUUUAAUCACUAAAUAAUAUUAGAAGUGAUAUUUGCAAAACAAUAUGGGGAUGUGUUCUUCAAUUCACCCUACUGACAUUGUCUUUUAAGUAAUAACAGAAGAAAAUAAUUCGUACAAAAUAUACAGUUCAACAUUAUAUGAUUUUAUUGGAAAGAAAAAUUUAUUAUUAGUCAGAUAAUACUAUAUAUUAAUCAUUUUUAUAUAAUCUGCUGUACAUGUCACAGUAAAUUUAUUAAUUGAUGAUUUUCGUUAACUGAAUUCGUUUUUAUUGCAAGCAAAGGCUCAUGACAACAUUGGUAUAAAAAUAUAGUCUUGUGAAAAAAACCUCAA